UUCCGCAGCGACGACCUUUACGCUGGUCUGUUUCUCCGCGCUCGCCACAACGACCUCGAAUUGGCGGUGACGAUGGUUCACGAAUCGCUCGCCUGGCGGCGCUCGUUCGCCAUCGCCGACGUCACCGACGCCGACCUCCUACAAGAGCACCACGACCAGGGCGCCGUCUACCGGCACGGCGUCGACCGAUGCGGGCGCCCCCUGCUGUGGAUGAUCGGUCGCAAGCACCGCAAGAGCUCGGCGCUCGCCACCCACCAGAGGCGCUACCUGGCGGCGCAGUUCGAGCGCUACGCCGCAGCGCACCCUGGCGAGCAGUGCGUCGUCUUGCUGGAUGCCGACGCUACGGGGAUGUCGCAUAUGGACUUUGAUUUCAUCUCGUUCCUGCUUGCCUGCGUGAAGACCUACUACCCGAGCAUCAUGGCCUACAUUCUCAUCUACAAUCUGCCCUGGGUGCUGGAGUUCGCUUGGACGAUCAUCAAAACCUGGCUUCAUCCGAAGGCAGUGGCGAGGGUGAGGUUCGUGCCUCUGAAGGACGUUGGUCAGUAUGUGGAUGAGGAGCAGAGGCCGAAGUACAUGGGUGGGAGCGACGAGUACGUGUACAAGUACGACGGACCAGCGGGGAAGCCAACACCGAAGGCGUGAUGAAGGGGGAGGGAUGAGAAGGAGGGAAGGUGUGGGGCGUGUGUGUGCGUGUGCG